AUGACGGUGGGGAAAGAUGUCAGGUACGUUGCCAUUCUGGAGAUGCGUUGGUCCAACAUAUGAGCCAAUCUGGGGUCUCCAAAUACGGUGUUGGGCUACAGCUCACAUCAGCCCCAGCCAGCGCAACUGGGGCUCAGUGGCUGUGCUGGCUGAUGCUCUGCCCCAUUGCAGGUGCUCUCCCACUGAGCCUAUUGCCUUCCCCAUGGAUUACAUGGUAGAUUAUGCUUCACGGUGAAGCCCCAACAACUGUUUCUCUUCCCCAGGCAGUCUUGACUGCCUGCAGACUGUCUUGCUUGCCAGAGUGGUGCAUGCUCUGGUUAUCUCCCGCUUGGACCACUGCAAUGCGCUCUACGUGGGGCUACCUUUGUUUUUUUUUUUUAAAGCAGUUUAUUGGAUUUUACAAUAGGAAUAAAUGUAAUAAACAAUAUAACAUUCGUCUUAACAUAAUUUCACAUUUUCUUUGGACUUCCUCACAUCUCCCGCUCCCACCUUCAUCAUUAUAACAUUUUGUCAGCAAUUUAUCAUCUUAUUUAAAUUCUUAUAUCUCUUCGAUAUUUCAUGAUCUUAUAGUUCUCAUAAAGAGUUAAACUUUCACAGUUUUUCUUAUUUUCUUAAAAACUUCUAAGUUAAGUGGUGCUCAGUUAUUUAGUCUAGCAUCUUAUUCAGCAUUCAGUCAAAUCACAAUGUUUUUGUAGGUAGUUCUUAAAUUUCUUCCAAUCCUCCUCGAUUCUCUCUUCUCCCAGGUCACGGAUUCUGCCAGUCAUUUCAGCCAGUUGCAUAUAGUCUAUCAGUUGCAUCUGCCAUUCUUCCAGUGUGGGUAGAUCUUGAGUUUUCCAAUGUUUUGCGAGUAGUAUCCUUGCUGCUGUUGUUGCAUACAUAAAAAAUGUUUGGUCCUUCUUUGCCACCCCUUGGCUGACAAUACCCAAAAGGAAAGCCUCUGGUUUCUUAGUGAAAGUAUAUUUAAAUACCUUUUUCAAUUCAUUAUAAAUCAUUUCCCAGAACGCCUUCACUUUAGGGCAGGUCCACCAGAGGUGAAAGAACGUUCCUUCACACUCUUUACAUUUCCAGCACUUGUUAUCAGACAGGUGGUAAAUUUUUGCGAGUUUGACUGGGGUCAUAUACCAUCUAUAAAUCAUUUUCAUUACAUUUUCUUUCAAAGCAUUACAUGCAGUAAAUUUCAAUCCAUUACUCCACAGCCUUUCCCAGUCCUCAAACAUAAUAUUAUGCCCAAUAUCCUGUGCCCACCUUAUCAUAGCCGAUUUAACCAUUUCAUCUUGUGUAUUCCAUUCCAACAGCAAGUUAUACAUCCUUGAAAGUAUCUUAAUCUUUGGUUCUAACAAUUCUGUUUCUAAUUUCGAUUUCUCCACCUGGAACCCUAGUUUCUUAUCAUUUUUAAAAACUUCUUUAAUCUGAGCAUAAUGUAACCAAUCUCGCACUUUGUCUUUCAUUUUCUCCAAACUCUGCAAUUUCCAAUUGUCUCCAUCUUUUCUAGUAUUUCCCAAUAUUUUGGCCAUUUGGCCUCCAUAUUGGGUCUUUUUCGGGCCUUAGCUUCCAAAGGUGAAAGCCACCUUGGUGUUUUAUUUUCCAGCAAGUCUUUAUAUUUUGUCCAGACAUUAAACAGUGAUUUUCUAACAAUAUGGUUCUUAAAGGCCUUAUUUGCUUUAACUUUGUCAUACCAUAAAUAUGCAUGCCAUCCAAAAACAUUGUUAAACCCUUCCAAAUCUAACACAUCAGUGUCUUCAAGAAGUAGCCAAUCUUUUAGCCAGCAGAACGCUGCGGCUUCGUAAUACAACUUUAAGUCCGGCAGGGCAAAGCCCCUCUUUGUUUUGCAUCAGUUAGUAUCUUAAACUUAAUUCUGGGCUUUUUGCCCUGCCAGACAAACUUCGAAAUGUCUCUCUGCCACUUCUGAAAGCACUCCAUUUUGUCCAAAACCUGAAGUGUUUGAAAUAAAAACAACAUUCUUGGCAAUACAUUCAUCUUAAUCGCAGCAAUUCGGCCUAACAAAGAAAGUUUCAAUUUUGACCAACUGUCUAAGUCUCUCUUAAUUUCUGUCCAACAUUUUUCAUAGUUAUCCUUAAAUAGACUUAGAUUUUUUGCUGUUAUGUUUACCCCUAGGUAUUUUACUUUUUAACCACAUUAAGUUCCGUCUCAUUCUGAAACCGUUCUGACUCUGUCUCAGUCAAAUUUUUCCCAAAACCUUGGUUUUCUGUUUAUUUAAUUUAAAUCCCGCCACCCGACCAAAGUCAUUAAUCAAUUGUAAUACUCUUUUCGUACUAGGCUCUGGCUUCUGCAAGGUCAAAACCAGGUCAUCUGCAAAAGCUUUUAGUUUAUAUUGUUUCUGACCAACCUGAAUUCCUUCCACCAACUGGUCCCCUCUAAUCAUGUUCAAUAGCACUUCCAGAACCGAAAUAAAUAACAAAGGGGAGAUAGGGCAACCUUGUCGUGUCCCUUUUUCAAUUUUGAACUCUUCUGUAACCACAUUAUUAACUAUCAGUUUAGCUUUCUGUUCUGAAUAUAUCGCCUCAAUCCCAUUCUCAAAACCCCGUCCCACUCCCAUCUCUUUUAAGUUUCCCAUCAUAAAUUUCCAAGAAAUAUUAUCAAAGGCCUUCUCCGCAUCUAUAAAAAUUAAAACUGCUUUUGUAUUUAUGUCAGUUUGGAGAAGUUCCAAGAUAUCAAUAAUGUUCCUUGUGUUAGCAAACAGAUGUCUACCUGGGAGAAAACCGGCCUGGUCCUUAUGAAUUACUUCAUUUAAAACUUUUUAAAUCUACUUGCCAAAAUAUCUGCAAAUAUUUUGUAAUCCACAUUUAAAAGGGAGAUGGGACGGUAGUUCUUCAGUUGUGUCUUUUCAGCUUCUGACUUUGGUAUCAAUGUGAUAAACGCUUCCUUCCACGAAUCCGGUGCCCUCUUCCCCUCCAUAAUUUCAUUGCUAACCUCCAUCAAGGGUUGUAUCAAAUAGUCUUUUAGUGUCUUAUAAUACUUGGAGGUCAGCCCGUCUGGCCCUGGAGAUUUGCCAAGUUGCAUGUUCUGAAUAGCUUGUUCAAUCUCCUGUCGUGUUAUUUUAGAGUUCAGGGUUGUCCUAUUUUCUUGUGACAGUUUAGAUAAUCCAUUUUUGCCAAAAAUUGUUUAAUCUCGACUUCGUCUUGCGGCCCUUGGGUAUAUAGUUUUUUAAAAUAUCUCUGGAAACACUUUCUAAUGUCCACUGGAUUCUGAAUGUUUCUUCCAUCGACCUCUAAAUUUGUAACCGUAUUUAAUCUUUGUCUUCUCUUCAACUGCCAAGAUAGCAGUUUUCCACAUUUAUUCGCCGACUCAAACGUUUUUGUUUCAUUAAUUUAAUCUUCCAUUCAAUUUCCUGGUUUAUCAAUUUAGAAUAUUGUGUUUGAUACAGUUUAAUUUCUCUCAGAGUUGGCUGUGACUUUGGAUUCACUCUUAAUUUCUUCUCUAAUUCUUUUAUUUUAUCCAAGAUCUUGUCUUUUUCUCAUUUUGUGUUUUUUUCCUUACUACAUUCUGUUGUAUCAAGAAUCCCCUCAUGACAGCUUUGCUUGCGUCCCAGACGAUUCUUUUUUCCACCGAAUUAUUCAUGUUUAUCUCGAAAUAGUCUUUCAAAACUUUUUGGGCCUUCUUGGUAAUUUCCUGAUCUCUAAACAAAUUGUCAUUCAUCUUCCAUCUAAAGGAUCCAGUUGGUAGUAGUGUCAUAUCCAUCUUUACUGCGUUGUGGUCAGAGCAGGUCUUUGGGCAGAUUUCCACUUUUCUAACCCUAGGUGCCAGGCCUCUAGAAAUCCAUAUUUGGUCGAUUCUUGUCCAGGUCAGUUGGGCUUCAGAAAAGAAUGUUCCUUCUCUACCUAGUGGGUUCUUUGUUCUCCAAAUGUCGAUCAAGUCCAUAUUGUCAGUCAUUUCAAAAAAAGGUUUUAGGUAGUCUGCCAUCUUUUGUAACAUUUUGACUUUGCGACUUGUCCAUGUUAGUUGAUACGACCCCGUUCAUGUCUCCCAUCAUUAUGAUGUUGUUGUAAUCCAGAUGAUCCAGCAUUGUCCCCUGCAACUUCUUGUAAAAUUCCGAUUUCCCUUCAUUGGGUGCAUAGAUUCCUAAUAUCAGCAGUUUCUCUCCUUGAUAUUGUAUCUCAAUAGCCAAAAUCCUUCCAUGUUCAUCUUUAAAUAGAAAUUUAGGUGACAGGCUCUCUUUUGCAUAUAUCACCACUCCUCUCUUCUUCACUUUGUCCGACGAAAUAAAUUCCUGGCCCAAUCUUUUAUUUAUUAACACUUUUCUGUGGAGCCUCGUCACAUGUGUUUCUUGUAAACAGAUAAUGUCCAAUUGUUCUUUUUUUAAUAUAUGAAAUAUUUUCUUCCUUUUUUCCGGAAUGUUACAACCAUUAAUAUUCCAGCUCAACAGUUGCAGAGACAUCCUGGAUCUGUCUGGUUAUUUCUCCCGGGGUGGUGUCUUCUCUGGAUCUUCAAGUUCCCCAGGUGCAGGUAUUAAUGCUGGCUUUGCCCCAGGCCCGGAAGGUAGUUCAAUUCCUUUUUGUAGGUCCUCUCCGUAUGUAGCCAGAAAUUUAUCUCUCUCUUCCAAUGUUCUAAUUUUGACCUUUCUCCCUAAGGGUAAAAGAUAAUCCUUGGGGAAAUUCCCACCUGAAUGGAAUUGCGUUGCUCCUUAAUAGUUUAGCAAGUUCAGAGUAGGCGGCUCUGAGAUCCAACAGUUGUCUUGGAAUAUCUUUAUAUAUCUCAAUUCUUCUAUCCAAAACCUCCAGUGACUUUUCGUAAUGUAGACCCAAAAUCUUAUCCCUUUCCUCCUUCGAUCUCAAUGUAAUCAAACAAUCCCUGGGCCUCUCCUUCUUUAUAAAUCUUCCAAGUCUGAAAGCUGACACAAUUUUAAAGUCCUUUUCUUCCAAAUUCCAGAACUUGGAAAGUUCUUUGGUCAAAAACUCAGUUAGAUUUCCUUCUUCUGCCUCUUGUAAUGAUCUACCUUUGAAGCUACCUUUGAAGGUGACCCGGAAACUACAACUAAUCCAGAAUGCGGCAGCUAGACUGGUGACUGGGAGUGGCCACCGAGACCACAUAACACCGGUCUUGAAAGACCUACAUUGGCUCCCAGUACGAUUCCGAGCACAAUUCAAAGUGUUGGUGCUGACCUUUAAAGCCCUAAGCAGCUUUGGCCCAGUAUACCUGAAGGAGUGUCUCCAUCUUUAUUGUUCAGUGCGGACACUGAGGUCCAGCUGUGAGGGCCUUCUGGCGGUUCCCUCCUUGCGAGAAGUGAGGUUACAGGGAACCAGGCAGAGAGCCUUCUCAGUAGUGGCGCCCGCCCUGUGGAACGCCCUCCCGUCAGAUGUCAAGGAGAUAAACAACUGACUUUUAGAAGACAUCUGAAGGCAGCCCUGUUUAGGGAAGUUUUCAAUGUCAUUUUUUAUGUGCUGUAAGCCACCCGGAGUGGCUUGGGAAACCCAGCCAGAUGGGUGGGGUAUAAAUAAUAAAAUUAUCAUUAUUAUUAGGCUGGGUAGUUUUAAGCAUGGCUGUGAUUUUUGAGAACAUAAGAAGAGUCUGCUGAAUCAGGCCACUGGCCUAUCUAGCCCACCCAAUGGCCACCUUGAUUCCCCAAUCGGAGGCCAGCAAGCAGAACCCGAUCACAAGGGCACACUCCUGAUUCCUGUGGGAAUUCCACAUUUCCACUAUACGCUGCAUGAAGAAAUCCUUUCUUUUGCCUGCCCUGAAUCUUCUAACGUGAGUUCCGUCCACGAGUUCCGUUGUCAUGAGAGCCAAGCUGAGAGAUUCCUGGCCCUCAGCUCGCUGAUGCCGUUCCCAGAAUGAUCAUUUUGGAAAUGAGAGAGAGGUGGAACAAGUGGUGGUUCUCACAAGGCCCUCUACCUGGUUUCAUUGACUUGGCCUUUGCCUUCUGCCAUAGCUGUCAACCGUCCCUUAUUUGGCGGGAAAGUCCCUUAUCCCAGCACUGUGUCCCGCUGCUGUCCCUUAUUGAUGAUGUCCCUUAAAUUUCCCGGGUUUCAGAGGAAGCAGCUCCUCUCCCUCCCUCCCUGCCGGCCAGGGAGGAGGGAGGCUCCAACUGUGUUGCUUGGCUGCGUUGCUCACCCAAUAAGGAGUCUAAGAACGACUGGGGGUGGAGCUUGCAUGCCUUGUGCCGAUCAAAUUGGCCACGUUGCCUGGGGACUCGCCUUUGCUCAGCACUUCCCAGCGGAGAGGUGACAGUGGUUUUCCUUGCUACAUCCCCUUUGCCGGGUUGCUGCGCUGUGGGAACCACUGCUUGAGGCUUCGUUUGGCUGCUGGCUGGGCUGUCUGCCUUUGGCUCGGAGGGGCUCAGAAGUUGAACAUACCUGUGCCCUGAAAAUCCCUUAUUUUGGCUGCUGAUCCCUUAUUUUCGAGGCUGCUGGUCCCUUAUUUUCAAAUCUGUAAGUUGACAGCUAUGCUUCUGCGCACCAGAGCUUCAAGCCAUCAGCCUCGCUUCUAGUUAAAGAUGUGUGGCAUAGGAAUAAUCCGGAUUCCGGGCUUCUCUGUUUGGAUUAAGGAGGUCGGCUGCGUCCUUGACCUUCAGGGAGCAGGACUCUUUGCACGUGCCGAGCAUUUUGUGGCUUUGAAAUUGGACCAGGGAGCAAUUCCGUUCAUUUUUAUUUAUUUGACAAGGCUUGUAUACCACUUGGUCAUGGCAAAACCUUGAAGCGAUUUAGAAAUAGAACACUGAAACGGUUGGAAGCAACUAUUUAUAGAGCCCUCCUGUGGUGCCAUGGGGUCAGCGCGUCUGGCUGUUAACCAGAAGGUUGGUGGUUUGAUCCCACCCGGGGAAGGUUGUGGGCAGAAUUCCUGCACUACAGGGGGUUGGACUAGAUGACCCUCGGGGUCCCUUCCAACUCUACAAUACUACAUUCAAAAAUGAAUUAAACUCUAGGAUAAGGAGGGCUGGGUGGGAAGCCCGCACCGAAAUUAAAACACAUGUCAACAUGCCUGGAUUGGCUUGCCUGAACAGAAAUGUUUUUAGCAGGCACCAGAAAGUGCACAGCAAAGGCAUCUAUCUGAUAUCAAUCGGCAGGGAGUUCCGAAGUGUCAGCAUUGCUGCACUAAAUACCACAUUUUUCGCUCUAUAGGAUGCACCCGACCAUAGGACGCACCUUGUUUUAGAGGGGAAGAACAAGAAAAAAAAUCCCCCCCCCCUCUGCUCAGCGCCCCUUCAGCGAAGCGGCAGGAGAAACGGAGUCCCUUCCAUUUCUCCUCCCGCUUCGCUGAAGGGGCGCUGCGCAGCUCUCCCUCUCUGCUGAAGCCAGGAGAGUCUUGCUCUCCCGGCUUCAGCAAAAGGAACCCGAAGCCUUUGGAGUGCAGCGCGAGGUCCUGCUGUGCUCCAUAGGCUUCAGGCGGCUAUCCCUGAAGCCUGGAGAGGCUUCAGCGAAAGCAACGCAUCUCCAGGCUUCAGCGAAAGCAAUGCAUAGCCUCCAGAGCGCGGAGGGAGCACUCCCUCUGUGCUUUGGAGGCUUUGCGUUGCUUUCGCUGAAGCCAAUGAGCCUGCAUUCGCUCCAUAGGACGCACAAACAUUUCCCCUUAAUUUUUGGAGGGGGAAAAGUGUGUCCUAUAGAGCGAAAAAUACGGUAUAUCAUUUUCUUACAAGUUCUUACAAGUUCCUUACACGUGUAUUUUGUGGCACGUGUAACUUUGCCAGUUCUGUAGAUCAGAGCAGUCUAGUGGGGCAUCAAUGGGGUAAGACGACCUCACAGGUAAACUUGGUCCCAAGCUUUCAUAUACUAAUAGUUACAACCUUGAACUUGACCCGGGAGCAGGUGAGCAACCAGUGCAGCUCUCUUGAGCAGAGGAGCUGUAUGCUGACAAGGUCCCGCUGCUGCCAACAAUUGCCUAAGGGAAGCCCCACGUAGAGCAUAUUGCAGCAAUCCCACCUUGAAGGAACGAAUGCACGAUAACAAGAAGGGAGGGGAAACGUAGUAGCCGGGGCCAGGACGAGAGGCCUCUGAAUGGUGAAGCCAGAGCAGUGAAUCUCAACACAGGUACUGAUUUAAAAAAUGAGGAUGAAAAAAUAACAUUUAACUCUGCUUUCUGCAGCCCUCCAUCUGUUCUGGGCUAGAAAUCCUAUCGGCCUCUGUUAGCACAGCUCUCUGGCUGGAUUUCUUUGUGCAGGGAAUUUUGGUUAUGAACGUCAGGAGGGGGGGAGGAAGCAUUCAGCGGUGUGAUUGUCCAGUGGUCGUUCUAUGCAGGAAUAUUGUAACCAAGCAACAAGCUGCCAGGACAGACUUAAGUUAGCAAAGCAGUUGCGAAGCCUUCAGGCAGAUAGUCCAAAUCUGGCACGGCAACCUGGGAAGAGUUAAGAUACCCGUAUUUUUUUGCUCUAUAAGACGCACCAGACCAUAAGACGCACCUAGUUUUUGGAGGAGGUAAACAAGAAGAAAAAUAUUCUGAAUCUCAGAAGCCAGAACAGCAAGAGGGAUCGCUGCACAGCGAAAGCAGUGAUCCCUCUUGCUGUUCUGGCUUCUGGGAUAGCUGCGCAGCCUGCAUUCGCUCCAUAAGACGCACACACAUUUCCCCUUACUUUUUAGGAGGGAAAAAGUGAGUCUUAUAGAGCAAAAAAUACGGUAUUUUUCUAGCUGGCCUGGUAGAUUUAGGGAUUCCUCGUCUUUCUCCGGUGGGGCGAUGGGAGGAGAAAUCUCUUUUAAGUUUGGCCUGGGGAGCAGCAGGUCCCCACUGCAUUGGUUUUAGCUUUCUUUUUAAACCAAGAGGGCAAUCUGGUGUCAUAGUUAGCUGCCCGGUUCUUAAGAAGGCAAGAAGGGUCCCUCUGGAUGGGACCACAGACCCAGCUGACCCAACAUCCUGUUCUUGCAGUGGCCAACCAAGUAGGGACACAGGGCACUGCUUUAUGCAGAGCCAGGCUGUAGGUCCAUCUAGCUUCGACUUUAAGAUUCUGGUCCUCAAGGUUCUAAUUAAAAAGUUGAAUAAAACAGGCGUGUGGGAGACUGCCUUACACUGAGUCAGGCCAUUGGUCCAUCUCUCUCUGUACGGUCUAUACCAGGGUUUCCCAAACAUGGGUCUCCAGCUGUUGUUGGACUACAACUCCCAUCAUCCCUAGCUAGCAUGAUGGGAACUGUAGUCCAAAGAUAGCUGGCGACCCAAGGGAAACCACACUGUCCUCAGCCGCUUUCUAGGUGUUCCCAGCCCUUACUGGAUAUGCCACUGGGGACUGAACCUUAGGACCUCCUGCAUGAAAAGCAGGUGGUCUACACCACCAAGCCACGGCACUUGACACCCCUGGAAAGUCCAGAAGCAGGACCUGGGUGCGAAAUCAGCCCCCUCUCUACUCCCAGCAGCUGAAAUUCAGAGGCAUGCUGCCUCCAACAUGGCUGCCUGUUGUCUUCCUGCUAUAGACAUCUGAAGGCUGCCCUGUAUUGGGAAGUUUUUUUAAAAAUGUUUGACAUUUUAUUAUGGAACCCAGAAUGGCCGAGGCAACUGAGCCAGAUGGGCAGGGUAUAAAUAAUGAAAUCAUCACCGUUAUUACUAUUAUUUCCAAGGCUUACAUUUUUCCUGGCCCGUUGACCAGCUGCUCUAAAACAGCACAAGGGUGUAUGUGUGUGUGUGUCUCCCCAUCUGUAUCCUGGUUCCUCACGCCGCCUGCCUGUUCUCCGUUUCCAGCGCUCUCUUCCCCGACGUCGUGAACUGCAUGCAGACGGACAAUCUGGAGCUCAAGAAGCUGGUUUACCUGUACCUGAUGAACUAUGCCAAGAGCCAGCCAGACAUGGCCAUCAUGGCUGUCAACACCUUUGUCAAGGUGAGUUACAGCAGCAGGAGCAGCACCUGCUCUCUAAAGCAUGGGUAGGCAAACUAAGGCCCGGGGGCCGGAUCCAGCCCAAUUGCCUUCUCAGUCCGGCCUGCGGAUGGUCCAGGAAUCAGCUUGUUUUUACAUGAGUAGAAUGUGCCCUAUUAUUUAAAAUGCACCUCUGGGUUAUUUGGGGGGCCUGCCUGGUGUUUUUACAUGAGUGGAAUGUGUGCUUUUAUUUAAAAUGCAUCUCUGGGUUAUUUGUGGGGCCUAGGAAUUUGUUCAUUCCCCCCCCCCCAAAAAAAAUAUAGUCCGGCCCCCCACAAGGUCUGAGGGACAAUGGACUGGCCCCCUGCUGAAAAAGUUUGCUGACCCUUGCUCUAAAGUUUUAAAAAUGGAAGUGCCCAUUUUCCCCAGUGGAAGCGCGUUUCGAUCUUUCUUUGAGUGUGUGGGUGUUUAAUAAGCAUUAUUUAUUUAUUUCACAAAAUUUGAAAGCUGCCUGAUUGUAAAACAACAACAGCAACAUCAGAGCUGUUUACAGAAAGAAUAAAACAACGAAAUGACUCAACUAUUUUUAAACAUUUGAAGGUGAAUUAAAAUCAACGAGAAGCUAAAAAACAAACAAAGCCCCCCAGCUUUGAAUGCAGGUCAGCAUUCUGCCAUGUCCGUAUAAAUGAAAAUAUUUUUCAGCAGGUGCCUGAAAGUGUCCAGCGGAGUUGCCCUUCUGAUGUCAAUAGGCAAGGAAUUCCAAAGAGGGGGGUGCCGCUGUCACACUAAAAAAAGAGUCAAUUUCUUACAAAUGAGUAUUAUGUGGGACCUGUAAUUGCGCCAGUUCUGCUGAUCAAAACGGCCAGCUUGGGCAUAGAGUGGAGUAAUGCUAUUUCUCUAUGGCUAUCCCAUACAAAAUCUCAGCUUUAAGGCAAAGCUAAAGAGUGACCAGGACAUGGGUGGCGCUGUGGUCUAUAAACCACAGAGCCUAGGGCUUGCCGAUCAGAAGGUCGGCGGUUCAAAUACCCGUGACGGGGUGAGCUCCCGUUGCUCGGUCCCUGCUCCUGCCAACCUAGCAGUUCGAAAGCACGUCAAAGCGCAAGUAGAUAAAUAGGUACCACUCAGGCGGGAAGGUAAACGGCGUUUCCAUGCACUGCUCUGGUUCGCCAGAAGCGGCUUAGUCAUGCUGGCCACAUGACCCAGAAGUUGUAUGCCGGCUCCCUCAGCCUAUAAAGCGAGAUGAGCGCGCAACCCCAGAGUCGUCCACGACUGGACCUAACGGUCAGAGGUACCUUUACCUUUUUUAAAGAGUGAUGAUGCAGCCUGUUCUCCCAGUCGUCAGCCGGGAAGACCGCAAGCAGGACCUGAGUGCGACAGGACUCUUCCAACUUGCGAUUCCCAGCAACCGGGAUUCAGAGGCAUUGCUGCCCCCCCCCCCCCCCCGUGGAGGCAGAGCAGAGCCAUCACGGCUAGCUGCUGUCGAUAGUCCUCUCCUCCUCUUACGAAUUUGUCUAAUCCUCUUUCAAAGCCAUCCAGAUUGGUGGCAACCGUUGGCUCCUGUGGCUGUGAGUUCCACAGUUCUAUCUGCCCUGAAAUUUCCCACAAUUGGCUUUGAGUUCAAGUGGACAUCGCUGUCUCCUGUGGAAGAGAGUUCCAUAGUUUAACUACAAACUGUUCUUUCUUUUACCUGAAUGUCCUGAAUGUUCCAGCAUUCAGCUUCAUUGGACGUCCAGAGGUUUCUGCUGUUACGAGAGAGGGAGAAAAACGUUUCUCUAUAUAUGCCAUGCGUACUUUUAUAAGCUUCUGUCACGUCUCCCCUCGCUCGUCUUUUCUCUGAACCAAGAAGUCCCAAACGCAUAUGUGGUGGCCUUGUUGUAAGGUUAAAAGCUUACUGGGAAAUGAUAUACAGUGAAUUGAAAAGGAUGUUCAAAAUAACUUUUGUUAAAAAAAACCCAAACAACAACCAGAAGCUUUUCUUUUGGAAAUUAUAGGGACAGAACUACCUAAAUUGUAUAGAAAUCUAUUUAUGUAUGCAACUACAGUGGCAAGAAUGCUAGUUGCCCCAAAGUGGAAAGAAGCAGAACUCACAGCUAAGGAAGAAUGGAUACAGAAACUUAUGGAAUAUGCAGAAAUGGCAAAACUUUCCGGAAGAAUAAAAAAUCAAGAUAACAGACUUUUUAUAAAAUAAUGGAAAUGGUUUAUUGAAUAUUUACAGGUAAAUUGCAAACAGAUAAAAACAUGGGCAGGAUUAUUGUAAUAACCUGCAGUUUCAUAAGAAUAUAUAUUUAAAAUAGAUGAUUAAAUGAGUAAAUUAAAUGAAUUUGGAUAUGCAGAUGAUACUAAAAAAUAAAUUUAAGGAACCUCAGAAAGAGGGGGAAGGAAGUCAAAUUUGUUAAACUGAUUGUAUAACUAAUCAAAUGUAUAAAUUUGAAAAGUAUAAAUAAAAACUUUUUUAUGGUAGCUAAAAAGGUGAAGUACCUGGGAAUUUGGCUGACAUCGAAAAAUAUAAACCUGUUUAAAGACAAUUAUGAGAAUGUAUGGAAAGAAAUAGUGGGACGCGGGUGGCACUGUGGGUAAAACCUCAGCGCCUAGGACUUGCCGAUCGCAUGGUCGGCGGUUCGAAUCCCCGCUGCGGGGUGCGCUCCCGUCAUUCGGUCCCAGCGCCUGCCAACCUAGCAGUUCGAAAGCACCCCCGGGUGCAAGUAGAUAAAUAGGGACCGCUUACCAGCGGGAAGGUAAACGGCGUUCCGUGUGCUGCGCUGGCUCGUCAGAUGCAGCUUAUCACGCUGGCCACGUGACCCGGAAGUGUCUGCGGACAGCGCUGGAUCCCGGCCUAUAGAGUGAGAUGAGCGCACAACCCUAGAGUCUGGCAAGACUGGCCCGUACGGGCAGGGGUACCUUUACCUUUACCUAUGGAAAGAAAUCAAGACUAUUCCUCAUAGGCGAGUCACUCCACACCUUGACCAUUUGGGUUGCCCUAUUCUGAACCUUUUCCCAACUCUGCGAUGCCUUUUCCAUACCCUACAGGACUGCGAAGAUCCCAACCCCCUCAUCCGGGCCCUGGCAGUGCGCACGAUGGGCUGUAUCCGGGUCGAUAAGAUCACCGAGUACCUCUGUGAGCCGCUGAGGAAGUGCCUGAAGGAUGAGGACCCUUACGUGCGCAAGACGGCGGCUGUUUGCGUGGCGAAGCUCCACGACAUCAACGCGCAGCUGGUGGAGGACCAGGGCUUCCUGGACACCUUGAAGGACCUCAUCUCGGACUCCAAUCCUAUGGUGAUGGACCCCUUCUUGCCUGGGGGCGGGGAGGGAGGAGGGCUGUCUAGGCUGCUAGUCCCCUGCCCCAGCUGAACCAAGAUCCGCUAAAGGCUUUGGGUCCGGAGGGAUUCCCAGGUAGUCAAAGGGAGGAGCUACUACUUAGAUACUCGCUAAGUAAAGGAACCAGCUGCAAAGAAUUCUUCUCCUCCGUUCCCUUACAUGCUUAGCUCAAAUGUGUAAGGGCCUUCGGGAAUUGCUAGCGUCCAUGAUGGUUACCAAAAGCAAGGAAAGGUAGCAGGUCAGGAAUACGUCCCCCCUGAUCGGCUGUCUUUCUGUCUGCAGCGCCUGGCUUGGAGCCAAACGUGCAUCUUUGAAAUGGAAGCAGUUGAGCGGCAAAGGGCUGCCUGCCGUCUUGCACGUUUAACCAGCGUUGGAGAAACGCCCAACCCGAGCGCUGCUCUUUCCACCCACCCCCCCCCCCCGCUCCACGCUUCCUACAUUUUUAAAAGGAACGUAAUGAGAGAACUAUCGGCCGCCUCUGCAAACCAAGUUCCAAAUGAAUUUUUAAUUUAGGCCAAAUGGCCUCGGAUGCUCCUUGGGCCUGUGGGUUGCUGAGAGGAAUAGCGGUCUUGCUAGGAAGCCUUGCUUCAUGCAGCAAUAGCAUUCGGUUUAAUUUUCUUUCUUUUUGGGUGGGGGUGUGUUCUUUUCCACACAUCUCUGUACCCCCGGUGCCCCCAGGACGCUUUUCUGUGGAGAUUUAUUUUUUUUUAGAGGCAAGAGCUGCCGAGAACUAUUUGCCUGGUGAGGCCUACAAGACUUAGGCCACAUUCACACCCUACGUUUAAAGCACUACGGUACCACUUUAAACAGUCAUGGCUUCCUGCAAAGGAUUCUGGGAACUCUGGUUUGUUAUAGAGCAGACAUAGCCAAACUUGGCCCUCCAACUGUUUUGGGACUACAAUUCCCAUCAUCCCUGACCACUGGUCCUGUUAGCUAGGGAUGAUGGGAGUUGUAGUCCCAAAGCAGCUGGAGGGCCAAGUUUGGCCAUGCCUGUUAUAGAGGAAGCCUCCAUUUCCCUCAUGGAGCUACGAUUCCCAGAGUUCCCUGGGAAAGAGAGAUUGACUAUUGGAGCACUCUGGGAAUUAUACUGAGCUAGACAGACCUGCAGCUGUAGCUCAGGUGGCAGAACAUUUCCUUGGUAUGCAGAAGGUCCCAGUUCAGCCCUCAGUAUCUCAGUGGGCUCUUCAGGACUCCCACCUGAAACCCUGGAGAGCUGCUGCCAGUCAGAGUAGGCAGUACUGAGCUAGAUGGACUAACGAUUUGACUCAGGAUAAGGCAGCUUCCCAUGUUCCUAUUUUCACAGAUGAUUACUCUCUUUUGUUUUCCCCCAGGUGGUAGCUAAUGCUGUAGCAGCCCUCUCAGAGAUAGCGGAAUCUCACCCCAGCAGCAACCUGCUGGAUUUGAACCCACAGUCCAUCAACAAGCUGCUCACUGCCCUGAACGAGUGUACGGAAUGGGGCCAGAUCUUCAUCCUCGACUGCCUGGCCAACUACAUGCCCAAGGAUGACCGCGAGGCCCAGAGGUGAGAGCUGCGGGUUGGCUCACUUACUCGAGCCCCGUGUCGACCAUGCUGCUUUGCAGGCACUGUUGUGCGAGAUGCCCUUCCUUGUUCAGAGACAGCCCAGUCUGUGUGCAAUUUGUGUCUGUCUCUCUGUCUGUCCGUCCCAUGCCUCUGUUUUUGUUAUCAACGGAGCCAAAUUCUUUACUGUAGCACUCUGCGCUUCAGAAGACUCCGUACAGAUUUUUUUGAGAAAGGGCAUCAUGUUUUGAGGAAAAGCAAAUAAGAGGAGAUAUGGAGAAAGUGUUUUUAUCCUUCUCUAGAACUCCUGGACAUUGGAACGUUGGAAGAUUCAGGGCAGAUUAAAGAGAGGAUUUAUUUUAAACUAUGGAAUUCGCUGCCCCAGGAGGCAAUGAUGGCUACAGACUCGAAUGAUGUUAAAAGAGGAUGAGAGAAAGUCAGGGAGGGCAAGUCUAUCAAUAGCCACUACCCACAAUGGCUAUUCUUGGCUUCCCCAGUCGGAGGCUGCAUGUUUCUGAACACCAGUAACUGAUGGAAGCUUUGUAUUUUUCUUCCUCCUCUUUCUCUUUCUUUUUUAUUGUUUUUCUUUUCCUUUUUGUAUUUUAUUUUUAUUGUACUGUGUUUUUAUUGUUUUUUAUAUUAUUAUUAAUUUAAACAUUUUUAUUGAAAGUUCAAAAAGUACAUAAUUAUAUGUGCACUAAACAUGGAGAGACAUAAAUAAAAGAGAGAAAAAGAGAAACAUCACCUGUGUAGAAGGGAAAAUAAAGGGGGGAGGGAGGAAACCCAAAACUGUGUACUUUACAAGGUUGUUAUUGUACUACACCAGAUCUUAAACUACUACAGUAUUUGUAAGAAUAGAUUCCAAAUAUCAUUGAAUUUAUCCGUGGCAAGCCUGUGUUUAUAUGCAAGUUGUUCAUAUGUUGCGAGUUUGUAUAAGUCUUCAAUCCAAUCAUAGAAGGGAGACGCAUUUUUAUUUCUCCAAUCCAUCAGUAUCAGUCUUUUUGCUGUGGUAAGGGCACGGAGAGUGUUUUUAUUUGGAUUAGUUUGUUUUUUAUUGUAUUGUAUGUUAAACAGUUUUUAUUUUAUUUUAUUUUAUUUUAUUUUAUUUUAUAUUUGAUUUGAUUUGAUUUGAAAAGAAAUAGCUGGAAAAUGCAGGUCCUGCUUGCUGGUUUCCUGAGCAGGGCUAGCAUAGAGCACAACUCUUCAUUUUCUUCCAUUUUCCCAGAUUACCCAAUGGCUGCAGUGCAGGACCACAGAAAACAGGGGUUUGUUGGUUGCACCUAGGAGCUGGGCUGGUGGGUCAGUGGCUUUGUGAAAAAUCUCCUCUGGCAUUUGUCUGCUGCAUCAUCCUUUUCCUUCUCUUCCCCCCACUGCAGCAUCUGUGAGCGAGUGACACCCCGGCUGUCCCACGCUAACUCCGCCGUGGUCCUCUCGGCUGUGAAAGUGCUGAUGAAGUUCAUGGAGAUGCUGUCGAAGGACCUGGAUUAUUACGGCACUUUGCUGAAGAAGCUGGCUCCGCCGCUCGUCACCCUGCUGUCUGCUGAGCCGGAGCUGCAAUACGUGGCUCUCCGAAACAUCAACCUCAUUGUGCAGAAAAGGUGAUGGUGGAUGCUCUGUUGGCUACAGGUGGGCAGGGUGGUUGGCAGUAGCACUGCUUCCAGGGAUACAGCGAGAUGCUCUCAGGCAUGUAACUGGGUUUGUUGGGGGUUUUGCUCAAGAGAUUUCCUUUUAUAACAAAUAUAAAACAGAGAAGCUGUUGUAGCAACAGGUGAAAAACCAGAAGAUGAGAAGGAAAACUAUAAAACAGGCAUGUGGGUUAAAAUACCAAAGUCCAUGGGAAAUGAAUUGAAAAAAGUAUUUAAAAGUACUUCCCCAAAAAACCCAGUGUCCUUUCUGUUGGGGAUAAUUCAGACUGAAAUUCCCAGGUGUCAAAAAAGGUUAUUUAUGUGUGCCACUACUUGCGGCCCGUGUUUUGUUAGCCCAAAAAUGGCAACUUAAGUUGACAGAAUAUGCGCAGCUUGCAGACUUAACAUAUCGAAUAAGAGAACAAGAAGAACAUACGUUUAGAGAAGAUUGGAAGACUUUUAUUGAAUAUACUGGAAAUAACUGUGUACAGCUGAAAACGCUGGCAGCAUUAAAUUCAACAGUGUAAAUAAGUUAUGAUGGAUGUAAUAAUGGAAUACUGAAUGGUAUAGUUUCUGUAAAAUAUGCAGGGAUUUAUGAUAUGUAAAAUGAACCAUGGAAAGAGAAGAAGGGAAGUCAUUGAUAUCUUAAGGAUGUAAAAAUGUCAAGUAUAGUUUGAGAUUUGCCAGGCUUGUAACAAGGGCUGACUUGAAAAUGAUGGUUCCAUUACAAAACGUAAUUAAAGGAAUGCCAGAUCAAAUGAAAAGUGUCUGGAGGUUCUAGACCUUGUCGAAAUCUCAAAUUAUGCAUACAGUGGUACCUCGAGUUAAGUACUUAAUUCGUUCCGGAGGUCCGUUCUUAACCCGAAACUGUUCUUAACCUGAAGCACCACUUUAGCCAAUAGGGCUUCCUGCUGCCGCCGUGCCGCUGGGGCACGAUUUCUGUUCUCAUCCUGAAGCAAAGUUCUUAACCUGAAGCACUAUUUCUGGGUUAGCGGAGUCUGUAACCUGAAGCGUAUGUAACCUGAAGCGUAUGUAACCUGAGGUACCACUGUAGUUUUCUCCAUUAUUGCUAUAUUUCAGAGUGAGUGUAUCAAGCACCCGGUGUAAGAUUUGGGGGCUGUUUUCCAUUGAGUUGCAAUUGCUAUGCGAGCUGCCAAGAUCAUAUAUAAGACCUAUGGGCAUGUAAAUAUGUUUGUAUAGAGGUAGAUCUUUCAACGGUCCAGAACUGACUCCUAACCUGCAACAUGGGACCUACUUUUACAGUUUCACUUUUGAUUUACAAUAUAAUUACUGUACCAGUGCUAACGAGGCACACGAUUCAUCCUAAAAUGGCACUUCCGAGAGCAAUGUUGCCUAAUAGCUCAGUCAAUAGAACACGAGACUCUUAAUCUCAAGGUUGUGGGUUUGAGCCCCACGUUGGACAAAAGAUUCCUGCAUUGCAGGGGGUUGGGCUAGAUGACCACCGCGGUCCCUUCCAACUCUACCAUUCUAUGAUACAGUUGUACCUCGGGUUAAGUACUUCAUUCAUUCCGGAGGUCCGUUCUUAACCUGAAACUGUUCUUAACCUGAAGCACCACUUUAGCUAAUGGGGCCUCCUGCUGCCGCGCCGCCGGAGCACGAUUUCUGUUCUCAUCCUGAAGCAAAGUUCUUAACCUGAAGCACUAUUUCUGGGUUAGUGGAGUCUGUAACCUGAAGCGUAUGCAACCUGAAGCGUAUGUAACCUGAGAUACCACUGUAUUACUAAAUGAAAGCAUCUGAUUUAUUUAUUUUACUUUGCAAUCUAUAAGUUGCACAGCUGGGUAUGUUUCUUCUCCGGAUCUCUUGAUCGCAUCUUUUCCUCUUCUCCCAGACCUGAAAUCCUCAAGCACGAGAUGAAAGUCUUCUUUGUGAAGUACAACGACCCCAUCUACGUCAAACUGGAGAAGCUGGAUAUCAUGAUCCGCCUGGCCUCGCAGGCCAACAUUGCACAGGUAAAUCCUCCUCUUUUCUCUCUUCCUCCCCACCCCCCAAAUUUGCUUUGGAGUCUCAACUGCCCUGCAAGGAUGAGGACUGAAAGGAAUUGCAAUGCCGCAAGAUCUGGAAGGCACCCACUGUUGGGGAAGGCUGAAGCCAGCUAUUGCCUCUAAAGAAUGCAUUCCACUCUUCUUUUCCUUCCUGCCCCAAUUUUUCAGCAUGUGCAUUUUCUAGCUGCCACUCAGCAUUCCAAAGUUACUGAGCAUGCUCUGUCCUGGGCUUGCUUUUUGCCCCACGUCUUCUGAUAAAACCGCCUCGGUCCUGUAUACCUGAAGGAGCGUCUCCACCCCCAUCAUCUAGCCCGGACACUGAGAUUCAGCACCGAGGGCCUUCUGGCGGUUCCCUCCCUGCGAGAAGUGAGGUUACAGGGAACCAGGCAGAGGGCCUUCUCAGUAGUGGUGCCCGCCCUGUGGAAUGCCCUCCCAGCAGAUGUCAAGGCAAUAAACAACUAUUUUACUUUUAGAAGACACCUGUUUAGGGAAGUUUUUAAUGCCUGAUGCUAUAUUGUUUUUGAUAUUUGAUUGGAAGCCGCCCAGAGUGGCUGGGGAGACCUAAUCAGAUGGGCGGGGUAUAAAUAAUAAAUUAUUAUUAUUAUUAUUAUUAUUAUUAUCAUUAUUAUUAUAGGUGCUUGCCGAGUUAAAGGAGUACGCAACGGAAGUCGAUGUGGACUUCGUGCGGAAAGCCGUCCGGGCAAUUGGCCGGUGUGCCAUUAAGGUUGAGGUGAGCUAAGGUGUGGUCCAGAACAUCUGGCAGGCACCAGUUUGGGGGAGGCUGGCAUCUAUCCAGGAGAGUGGCCUGAUUCUGCAAAAGGCUUCACUUCAAACAUACUUGGCUUUCCAAGCAUUUAGAGGCUGCAAGUAGCAGAGCACAAAUGAAUUUUGCAUUAUGUGUUGUGAACCUUCCCCCCCCCUUUCUCUUUUUGGGGAGGGUGGGGGCUGAAGACAUUAGGGAGUGCUCUUGCACUCAAACCGUGCAGACUUCGCUUUGGGGCACCUGGUAGGCCCCUAUGAAAACAGGAUGCUGGAUUCACUGGCCUGAUCCAGCACAUUUUUCAGACAUCCGGUCGAUCUUGGAUCUUUGGAAAAGGGGCUUUGACCUUUACAGAGCCUUCCAACAUUGACAUUCGUUUUUCGAGGCAAGCGGUGUCCGUAGUGCUGGAGAUCAACACGUCUUUGCGCAGGGAGCCAGGUUUUUUAAAAUACAGUGGAUGCUCAGGUUGCUAACAUGAUCCAUGCAGGAGGCACGUUCGCAACCCGCAGUGCUGCAUCUGCGCACGCACGGGUUGCAAUUUGACGCUUCUGCACAUGCGCGACUGCCGAAACCCAGAAGUAACCCAUUCCGGUACUUCCAGGUUUCGGCACAUCCGUAACCCGAAAAAACGCAACCUGAAGCGCCUGUAACCCAAGGUAUGACUGUAACAGCAUUGGAGGCAUCCCUCAUAGCAUGGGGAUCCUGCCUCCCCCUUCCCAUUUGGUCUUCUCUAGUGUGCAGAAGGCUGCAUGUGACUCUUGUUUUGUUACAGCCAGGAAAUUCCUGGCUUUCCUGCUGCUGACAUCCCACCCUUGCUGGGAGAUAACCUAGGUGUCCUUUAACUUCCCUGUUUAAAAGCAAGCAUCCGUAGUUUCUCCUGGCUAAACCCCAGUUCCUCUCCACGCAGCCCCAACCCCCUUUCUCUUUCUUCCUGCCCAGCAAUCGGCGGAGCGUUGUGUAAGCACCUUGCUUGACCUCAUCCAGACCAAGGUCAACUAUGUGGUCCAGGAAGCCAUUGUCGUCAUCAAGGACAUCUUCCGCAAGUACCCCAACAAGUAAGAAGCCCUCCUCGAAAAGUUACCAUCUUGAUAACACAUGGGAACAUUUUAUUAUUUAUUACACUUAUUCGUUGCUGUUUUUAAAACUGGUGGUUUGGGAUAGCUCAAGUCGGUAGAGCGUGAGACUCUUAAUCUCAAGGUCACGGGUUUGAGCCUCAUGUUGGGCAAAAGAUUCCCGCGGUGCAGGGGGGUUGGACUAGAUGUCCCUUGGGUGUGCCUUCCAUGAUUCUGUGAGAAGGCAGUAAUAAUAAUAAUAAUAAUAAUAAUAAUUUGUAUUUAUACCCCACCCUCCCCAGCCAAGGCCAGGCUCAGGGCGGCUAACAAGCAAUAAAAAAACAAGUUGAAUGAAUACAACUUAAAAACAAGAUUAAAAUACAUCAUUAAAAUAUUGAAACAUUAAAAUAUUAAAAUGUAGCCUCAUUGCAGGAGGAGAAAGGGAAAGAAGAAAGAGAGGGAGGGAAUCAAAUUGGUUCCAAGCCAAAGGCCAGGUGGAACAACUCUGUUUUACAGGCCCUGCGGAAAGAAAUCAGAUCCCACAGGGCCCUGGUCUCAUGAGACAGAGCGUUCCACCAAGCCAGAGCCAGUGUUGAAAAGGCCCUGGCUCUGGUUGAAGCUAAUCUAACUUCCUUAGGACCCGGGACCACUAGGGUGUUGCUAUUUAUGGACCUUAAGGUCCUCCAUGGGGCAUACCGGGAGAGGCGGUCCCGUAGGUACGAGGGUCCUAAGCCGUGAUACAUGAGCAAUGAUAAUGCUACAAUGAAAGCUAUCCAGAAAUAUAGAGCCUUCGAUUUUUCUUUUAUUUAUUUUUUGCAUUAGAACUGGCUCUUGAUGACAUGGGAUGCCCAGCGCAUGCAGAGCUAGUUCUUGGCCUUUGAAAGGAUCUAUCCUGUUGUGCAGAGGAUUCCUAUCCUACUUUUCCACCAAGGGUCCUUACAUGGUUCUUUCUCUCUCUCUCUCUCUCCUUAUUUAAUCCCCCAGCACAGCCCUGUGAGGUAGGUCAGGCUGAGGAGAGGCAGUCGGCCAAAUGGUGGGAUUUGAACCCUAGUCCUCUCCCGGGUCGUAAUCUGGUGCUCUCUAACCGCUGCGCCGCACUUGGUUCUCCGCUGUCUCUUAACUCCUUCCACCCCUCCUGUCCCCCCGACACGCAGGUACGAGAGCGUGAUCGCCACCCUGUGCGAGAACCUGGACUCCCUCGACGAACCCGAGGCUCGAGCAGCCAUGAUCUGGAUCGUGGGCGAAUACGCAGAGCGCAUAGACAACGCGGACGAGCUUCUGGAGAGCUUCCUCGAAGGCUUCCACGACGAAAGCACCCAGGUGAGAUGGGGCAGAGUCUCCCGGGGGGGGGGGGGCUGAGGAUUAGGCAGCAAAGGCUGCAACGAUUCCCUCCAGAUUUCCCCCCACGGUGUCUUGCCUCCCCCAAGCAGCCAACCCGUGAAGAUCUUGCACCCCUCCAGGAACCCUAGAGGUUGUGUCUUGGGCAAUGCACCUCUCAGGUUGCAUGGUAACUUCAUUGGCACCUCCUGUAGAUGCCCGUCAACAGUUCUGAUAAUCAAGAUGUUUCUCUUCCCUUAAUUUAUAACUAGUAUCAUGUAAACUUUGGCUCAACCUUGCAUUUGGCACUGCCUAGCCAACCUUGGCUCAGCCUUGCAUUUGGCACUUUGAUCACCAAAAAAUGGAUGUUUUUGAAUUCUGGUGCUGGAGGAGACUCUUGAGAGUCUCAGGGACUACAAGAAGAUCAAACCUAUCCAUUCUGAAGGAAAUCAGCCCUGAGUGCUCACUGGAAGGACAGAUCCUGAAGCUGAGGCUACAAUACUUUGGCCACCUCAUGAGAAGAGAAGACUCCCUGGAAAACACCCUGAUGUUGGGAAAGAUUGAGGGCACAAGGAGAAGGGGACGACAGAAGACGAGAUGGCUGGACAGUGCUCUUGAAGCUACCAGCAUGAGCUUGACCAAACUGCGAAAGGCAGUGGAAGACAGGAGUGCCUGGUGUGCUCUGGUCCAUGGGGUCACGAAGAGUUGGACACGACUGAACGACUAAACAACAAACAACAACAACAAAGCAAAGUGCUCAGCCCAGCUUCAUGCUGCCUCCCAGUUUAGGGGAGUUAGAACAAUAAAACAAUGAGAUAAAACAAUAAAUGAAAACAACAAAACGAAGUACUAAAAGGAGUUAAGAAAUAAAAUGGAGGAUAAAAACAAAUGCUAAGGGUUGGUUAUAGAGCAGAAACUUGCCUUAGAGUUAGCCUUAGAGCUCAAAACCCUGCUUCAAGCAUUUGGCAGCCAUCUUCCUCCUAGAUGCCCCCUUUCCCUCCUGCAGCUUCCCGUUCGAACUGCUUGUGCCAAUUUCUUCCAGGAUGGUAGCAGUAGAACGCCAGCUGUUGCAUGCAAAAGAUCCCAGGUUCAGUCCACCUUUUUUCCUUUUGUCCGCCGCAGGUGCAGCUGCAGCUGCUGACGGCCAUUGUGAAGCUCUUCCUGAAGAAGCCCACCGAGACCCAGGAGCUGGUCCAGCAGGUUCUCAGCCUGGCUACACAGGUAGGGGAAGAAGAGAUGGCCUCGCCUUGCCUUUAUAAACCUGGAGGCCCCCUUUAUGUCCUUGCAGGGGUUCUGCAAGGUAGCCAGGGGUGCGGAAGCUUUGUCAGUCUGGACGACCUCCUGGGGACCACAUGCCAGGGGUGGGAGGGACCAGAAACAAAAGUGGGCGGAGCUACGGAUGCAGAUUUUACCCUCUGUACACAAGAGGCUCUGUACACAAAAGGGACGCGGGUGGCGCUGUGGGUUAAACCACAGAGCCUAGGACUUGCCGAUCAGAAGCUCGGCGGUUCGAAUCCCCGCGACGGGGUGAGCUCCCGUUGCUCGGUCCCUGCUCCUGCCAACCUAACAGUUUGAAAGCACGUCAAAGUGCAAGUAGAUAAAUAGGUACCACUCCGGCGGGAAGGUAAACGGCGUUUCUGUGUGCUGCUCUGGUUCACCAGAAGCGGCUUAGUCAUGCUGGCCACAUGACCCGGAAGCUGUACGCUGGCUCCCUCGGCCAAUAAAGCGAGAUGAGCGCCGCAACCCCAGAGUCGGCCACGACUGGACCUAAUGGUCAGGGGUCCCUUUACAUUAUACAAGAGGCUACUUUCUACGUAACACUUGCGCGCUCCUUUCCCCCCUUCAUCCAGGGCAAGCAAGAGGCACGACUGGAGGUCAGGGACACUUCCAGGCCAGGAGGAAACACUCCAAGGAAGGGGGUGUGACCUGAGGAGAGUCUUAAGAUCCAGACUUAGUUAUUUAUUACAUUUAUAUACCAAGGGUGAUUCACAGAAUGAAUUACAGCCGUACCUCGGAAGUCAAACAGAAUCCAUUCCGGAAGUCUGUUUGACUUCCAAAACCAAAAGGCGGCUUCCAAUUAGCUGCAGGAAGCUCCCGCAGCCAAUCGGAAGCCGCGCCGGACGUUCAGCUUCCAAAAACCAUUCAAAAAUUGGAACAAUCACUUCCGGGUUUCGAUUGUUCGAGAGCUGAUUUGUUUGGGAGCCAAAGCGUUUGAGAUCCAAGGUACGACUGCACAAGAUAAAACACAAGCAAAUGAUUAAACCGUUUUUAACUUGCCCUGGAUUUAUGGUUCAUUGCUUUAAAUGCUUUCAGGCCCUUUUUUGUUUUGGCAGUCACAAGGACUAGAAACUUUGCUUUCUUUUUAAACGAGAAGUGUCAGCACUCUGCCAUCUGGCCUCUGCACAGGACGAGAAAGAGUGAGGCAGAGUGGCCUGCGUCUAUUAAGACAUCCAGUGUGUUAACUGACCUCUGGGCAGGUUUGGAGAGCCUCUGGUGUGAAAACACACAAACACACUCACAGGCUCCUUUCCUUGUCUCCCUCCCCGCCCCCUGGCUCCCACCACUUAGGAUUCGGAUAACCCUGAUUUGAGGGACCGUGGCUACAUCUAUUGGCGCCUGCUCUCUACCGAUCCUGUGGCAGCCAAGGAGGUGGUUCUGGCAGAGAAGCCACUCAUCUCUGAAGAGACGGACCUGAUUGAGCCAACUCUGCUGGACGAGCUGAUCUGCUACAUCGGCACCCUGGCCUCUGUCUACCACAAGCCCCCCACCGCCUUCGUGGAGGGGAGCAGAGGCAUCGUCCAUAAGAGCCUCCCUCCACGGACAGGAUCGUGAGUACCCUUUGGAGGCAGUGGUGGUACUGCAGGGCGAGGUGGUUCUGUUGUUCCUCUCUACAGUCCACUUUGGCUCUCUUUUUUUCAUUCUAUUUAUAAAAAUACCACAUUUUUCGCUCCAUAAGACACACCUAGUUUUUAGAGGAGGAAAACAAGAAAAAAAAUAUUCUGAACAAAACAGUGGAUGCAUGAUUUUUGUGGUUCAUGCUGUGGCCACAGACAUGUGAUCUGAUGGUGAAUUUGGGGUGACAAAGUACAAAAAUCCUGAGGAUCCAUGUGGAUCCGUGCUUUGUAACCACGUUUUUGUGCCGUUGCGGCCCCAUGCAACAGUGGGUGCGUGAUUUUUUUGGUACAGGCUGUAGCCAUGGACAUGCUAUGUGAUCUGAUGGUGAAUUUGGGGUGACCCAAUGCAAAAAUCCUGAGGAUCCAUGUGGAUCCGUGCUUUGUAACCACAUUUUUGCACCAUUGCAGCCCCAGGAAACUUUUUUUUGGUGUAGGCUAUAGCCAUGGACAUGCUUACAUACCGCCAUGCAUUUUUUAAAAAAAAAAUCUAGAGUGGUUUGCAAUGAUUAUGCAUAACGCCAUACAAGAGAAAGCAUAUAAAAAAAGAAACCAGCAAACUGUUAGGGAAAGGAGUGUUCGGCAUUCCCUGCAGAAUAGGAAGGGUUUUCGGCAAGUGUUGGCACAGAUGGCGCCUGCUGGAUUUCUAGUGGCAGAGAGUUCCACAGGGCCAGGCCAACGACACAGAAAAGGCUCAAUUUCCCGCUGUUGUCUUGCCAACUCGAGGAACGGCCAGAUGAUCCCACUGAUCAAGCUUGGGAUACAAGGGUUCGGGUGGUCCCUGAGGCACCCUGGACCUAAGUCAUUCAGGACUUUGCAAAUGAAUGCCUUGAGUAGUAGAGGGGCAACUGGUGCAGGUGCUUUAAGAGCCGUGUCUUGUGUUGCUUGCCAGAUGCCCCCAUCAGCAGCAGUCUGGCCUCCGCAUUCUGCAUCAGCUGGAGCAUCCACACCAGGCCCAAGGGCAGCCCCGCAUAGAGCAUGUUGCAGUGAUUAGCCUCAAGGUUACCAAUACAUUGACUACCGUGGUUGUAGCCAAUGUAGCACAAAGCUGAAAUCACUUAGCAGUCCACAUGUUCCACUGGCGAAAUGUGCUGUGCCAGCAAAACAUCACUGUGCCAGAUUGCUGGAAACUUCGCUGCACAGUAGAUUUCACAAUCUGUUGCAUAACCGGUUUCCGCUAGCCACAACUUCUGCAUUGGAUUCCACCCGUCUGCUGGUGCAAGGGGCCCUGGGGUAGGGUGGCUGGGUGGCAGAAAUAGAUACACACUUUUUCUUGGGGGGGGGGUAAAUAAUUUUUAAUUAAUUUUUCAAGCUACAUUUUCACAAAUGAAAACAGUAAUUAACUCACAUUUCUACCAAAUCUAAAUUUAUACAAGUAUCUUUUCACAGAAGGGACACGGGUGGCACUGUGGGUUAAACCACAGAGCCUAGAGCUUGCCGAUCAGAAGGUUGGCGGUUCAAAUCCCCGCGAUGGGGUGAUCUCCCGUUGCUCAGUCCCUGCUCCUGCCAACCUAGAAGUUCGAAAGCACGUCAAAGUGCAAGUAGAUAAAUAAGUACCGCUCCAGCGGGAAGGUAAACGGCGUUUCUGUGCACUGCUCUGGUUCACCAGAAGCGGCUUAGUCAUGCUGGCUACAUGACCCGGAAGCUGUACGCCAGCUCCCUCGGCCAAUAAAGCGAGAUGAGCGCCGCAACCCCAGAGUCGGCCACAACUGGACCUAAUGGUCAGGGGUCCCUUUACCUUUACCUUUUCACAAACCUUCUCUUUGAGUCCAGAGAUCCAGAGAAAGACACACUCUUGAGUCAGUGAUUCCCAAACUCCCCUCCGCCCCCCACCCCAGGCCACUUGGAAAUUGCUGAUGGUCUCCACAGAUUGCAGUUGCUACAGCAGGCAGAAUAAUCAUUAAGCCGUGUGCUGGACGAGAUCCUGUAUGGUACAUAAUUGGGUUUUUAUUGCUGAUUUUUAUUUUUAUUCCAUUGAAUUCGGAUCGGGAUACAAUAAAAUGCAUUAUGAGAAAUGAAAGAAGCGAUAAAAAUGCAAUUAACCAUCACGCAGCAUCUCGCCCAGUGUAUUAUAAUCACUACGGCAGACAGAAAAUUCACUGAUUAUAUAUGAAUAUUUUAUGCAGGUAUGCAAUGAAACACACACACACACACACACACACACACACACACAGACACACAAAUGAAGCAUGCAAACCGCUGGUGGAACAUGUGCCAGAGUUUGGAUACUCCUGAUCUAUGUCUCUUUUUUGGGGAAGGAAGGAAGCAGGCCAUUUUUAAAUUGUCUUCUUCGUCUCUUCCUCCCCACCCCACCCUACACUAUGAACACAGGAGCGAAAGCGCCGAGAGCCCGGAUGUUGCUCCAGCGGGCGCCCCCCAGGCUGAGCAGCCAGCAGUCAUCCCAACGCAAGGAGACCUCCUGGGAGACUUGCUGAACCUUGACCUGGGACCCCCCGUGAGCGGCCCUCCAGUUGCCACCUCGUCGGUGCAGAUGGGCGCCGUUGACCUUCUCGGCGGUGGCUUGGACAGCCUGGUAAGCCCUAAUCCUGCCCUCCCGAGGAUUUGCAACACAAGAGGGCAGGGCGUUUUCAUUGGAGGACUUUGAAUCCUCGAAAACAGCAGCGUUAAGUGUGGCCGCUGACGUUAUGCUCUGUUGCUGUUGGUUCCCUGUCUGCACAUGUUUCACACUGCCUGUGUGUUUUAAGACUGUGUGUAGAUAUACAGCCGUGUCCAGCUUAAGUUAUACUGAGUAGGCCCACUGAAAUUAAUGGACCCAAGUUGGGCCCAGUUCAUACAUUUAAAGCUUUGGGAUACCACUCUAAACAGCCAUGGCUUCCCCACAAAGGAUUCUGGGAAUUCUCCUUGAGAGUUGUUAAGAAGUCCUUCUAUUCCCCUCCCGUAGCCACGGUUUCCAGGGCGGUUUAGUGGUCCAUCUUUCUUCCCUGGAAACUCUGGGAAUUGUAGCUCUGUGUGGGGAAUGGGGGAGUCUCUCCUAAAAAUGCCAUUAACGAACAACAGCUCCCAGAGUUCUUUGGGGGAAGCCAUGGCUGUUUAAAGUGGCACCAAAGGACUGAAGACAUAACCUCUUCGCUCUUGCCAUUUUGGCACAAUGUGUAUGUUUCAGGAGCCGCCUCGUUUUUGUUAUUGUCCGUUGUUUCAAAUCGUGUUUUAAUUCAGUAACCCGCUCUGGGACAUGAGGGUGGAGGGCAGGUAAUAGAUAACAGCAGCAGCAGCCUCAGCAACAACAACAGUCAUAGUUAACAGUAAGAAUAAAAAUAAAUAAUGUGCAGUGUGAAUGUGGGCUUAGCUGUGUCCUUUCAUUUUCCUGCUCUGAAUAUGACUUAAAACAGCUGGACACAAUCCAUUAAUCUUUGGUCCCGUUUUGCACAGAAAGGCAGCUGAGGAAUCUGUCUGGGCCUUUCUCACACCCUUUUUGGAUCAGGGCAGUCAAAAGGCGCCCGCUAGAUGUUGCUGGGGUCUCAUCACACCCCCAGGCAACAUAUCCCAGUGGUCAGGGAUGAUGGGAACUGUCGUCUUAUCAGGAGGGCAUCAUGUUGGCCACCCUCCACUUUAGGACAUCAAUGGUUAGGCAUGCAUGGGCAGUGGAGGAUGAGCCCCUUUUCGCAAGGCUGGCAGGGACACGAAUUCAAAGCUCCGCUGGGAGUUGGCAGAGGUGAAACUGUUCAGCGUGAACGAUUCCCAGUAUAGCUGAAGGAGCUUCUCCACCCCAUCGUUCAGCCCGGACACUGAGGUCCAGCUCCAAGGGCCUUCUGGCAGUUCCCUCACUGCGAGAAGUGAAGCUACAGGGAACCAGGCAGAGGGCCUUCUCGGUAGUGGCGCCCAUCCUGUGGAACGCCUUCCCAUCAGAUGUCAAGGAAAUAAACAACUAUCUGAGUUCUAAAAGAUCAAACAUUAAAAAUUUCCUUAACAGGGCUGCCUUCAGGUGUCUUCUAAAUCUGAAGGCAGCCCUGUUUAGGGAAAUUUUUAAUGUUUGAUCUUUUAUCGUGUUUUUAAUACUCUGUUGGGAGCCACCCAGAGUGGCUGGGGAAACCCAACCAGAUGGGUGGGGUAUAAAUAAUAAAUUAUUACUAUUAUAAUUAUUAUUGAACAGGCAGGGCAGAGGGGGUGCUGCGUUCUUCUUGUGGGGAGCUGUCUUGUAGCGCUGUGGCUGAUAGCAUCUGUGUGUUGUAGUCUUGAGUGACUAACCUAUCUUUCACCCCUUCUUGUUUUGUCUCUUUCCCUCCUCCCACCCCACCCCCAAAUCCUGGCUAUUCUCUCUCUCUCUCUCUCUUUCUGCAUGUGGCUGUCUCUUCCAACUUGCCUGCUGCUUCUUGGAGAUGGGGGACGAAGCUGAAGGGGUAUGGUCCAGCCCUCUUACUAGCUUUCCCUUCAGUGAGCCACCCCCUUCCUCCCCACCCUUCCCUCCACUCUUUCCUGCUGGGAAACUGGGGCUGGGGGGGGCGGGGCAGGGAGGACAAGGUGGAUGCUACUCUUAGCAGUAUUAAUUGCCUUCUACCUGAUCAUCUCAAAGUGUGAAGUACACUAAAAAUGCAACAAACCAGAUCUAUCGAAAUACAUAAAUUAGUCUGAUCCAACAGGCGUGUCUGUGUGUCUGUGUGUGUCUGUGUGUCUGUGUGUGUGUGUGUUAAUGGCAUGUUCUUGGGAGAAUCCCCCCUCCCAUCCCCCCCCCAUGUGGGUUUAUUCAUCCUGUGUGUGUGCAUAAAUGCAGAGAAGGUCUGAAGCUUAUGGCUGCACAAGCUCCCAGAUUCAACACCUGGUUCGACUCCAAGUAGGGCUCAGAAUUUGUCCUGCCUGAAACCUUGGAGAGCCACUACCUGUCUAUAUAGACAAGGCUGGAGGUAGAUGGACCAAUGGUCUGAUUCAAUAUUAGGCAGAUUUCUAUAAAAGCUUCUGCAUUUGGCUCUUCUUGUAAGUCACAAAGUGGCCCUUCCCGAAGGGGUGCCAACCACUGCAGCUCUGUGUAAUGUCUCUUGCUCCUCUGCUCCCUACUCUUAAGCCACAUCCUGUAGGCACAUGUCUCGCCCCCCCCCACUGCCUUUGGAGUUGCCUCUGUGAACUUGUAACAUCUUGGUGUCUUUGUCUCCCUGCAGAUGGGAGGCCCCAGUUUUGCAGCGCCCAGCGCGGUCAUGCCCUCCAACUUGGGAGCGCCCCUGGGCGGGGGCUUGGGAGACCUCUUCGACCUGGCCGGCGGCGUGGGAACAUUGUCCGGAUCCUACAUAGCUCCCAAAACGGUGAGUAGCACUGGCCCCCGAGGAGUGCCGGGGGCCAAGUGGCUCUCGAUACCAUUGCUUGUAAAGAUGCCUAGCACCUCUCUGUGGGUAAUGGGCUUCUUUGCUUUGGCCAAACCCAAUGGUAGAGCCGGCCCCAACAGGGAAUGAGAAGGCCUGAGCUCCCUAGGUGCUCCAUGAGUGCAUUGGACUAGAGAAGGGAUGGGGAAUGUCUGUGACCCUCCAGAUGUUGUUGAACUCCAGCUCCCAUCAGCUCCCCCAAGCAGCAUGACCCGUGGUGAAGAAUAAUGGGAACUGUAGUCCAACAGCUUCUGGAGGCCACAGAUAUUCCCCAUCCCUGACCUGGUCUGAUGCUCUCCUGGAGCUCCCAGUGAGUAUCAGGUUCUCUCAUACGCUGUUGGGGCCGGCCCUACCAUUUGGUCAUCAUCCCUGAUUAUUGACCAUGGUGGUUGGAGCUGAUGGGGAUUGGAGGACUACAUAUUCCCCAUCCCUAGACUAGUGUGGGGUUAUGUAACUUCUGCAUCCACUAGUUCCCCCAUCAGCAGCAAAAUCCACAGAUUAUUGUUAUUAUUUAUUGCGUCAAAAAGUGCUAAGCACUGUAGAUUAGUUUAAAAAACCAGGCCCUCCUAAGUAGACUUACAGUUGAGAGGGAUGAGGUGCUAUCCAAUGUCAGCCAUACUCUGAGCAAUCAGUGGGGUUGUGUUAUUAAUCCUCAUGUCAAAUUAUAAAAUUGCAAGCUCCUCAAUGUUGAGGACCCAUCCUGUAGAAGUGUAAGCUAUAAAAAGAAUGGAUUGGGCCCAGGCUAAGUUUGCUGAACUUGGGUGUCCCAUUGGAAUCGGUGGGAAAAAUUAAAGAGUGCUUGUGCAACUUAAUUUUACUCACAGUAGACCCAUUGCAACUAACACCAUCGUGUUCAUUAGUUUCAGCGGGUCUUUUCUGUGUAAAACUGAACACUGCCCUUAGUCUUGACAUCGUUCCAGUUGAAAUUCACAUGAUAUCAAAGUGCAACUGACUUAGUCCGGAUCGAACUCCAACAUUUGGAUAGAGGGGCAGGUUCUUGUUAGGAUUUUUUUGCUUUUCAUUUUAAAACAUACAGUUGUACCUCAGAAGUUGAACGGAAUCCGACUGUUCGACUUCCAAAACAUUCGGAAACCAAGGCACCAUUUCCGAUUGGCUUCAGGAAGCUCCUGCAGCCAAUUGGAAGCCGCGCCAGACGUUUGGGUUCCAAAGAACAUUCGCAAACCGGAACACUCACUUCUGGGUUUGUGGCGUUUGGGAGCCAAAACGUUCGAGUGCCAAGGCGUUCGGCUUCCAAGGUACGACUGUAUAUAAAAGAGAGCAAUUAUAACAAGAGAUGAAAACGAAAAGAAAAGAAAAACUGUAAAACAAGUUGCAUACGGGUUAAAUAACAGAGGUAAUGAAAGGAAAAAAGUGGGAAUAAAAGUUGUAUUUUCACAGAUAAAUAAUAAUAUUACCGUAUUUUUCGCUCUAUAGGACGCACCCGACCAUAGGACACACCUUGUUUUAGAGGGGGAGAACAAGAAAAAAAAAUUCUCCCCUUCUCUGCGCAGUGCCCCUUCAGCGAAGCAGGAGGAGAAAUGGAAGGGGCUCUGUUUCUCCUGCCGCUUCGCUGAAGGGGCGCUACGCAGCUCUCCCUCUCCCACAUUGCCUUCGCCUUCAGUGAAGGCAACCCGAAGCCUCCGGAGUGCAGCGGGGGUUCCUUCAGGCGGCUACCUUGGAAGCCUGGAGAGCGAGAGGGGUUGGUGCUCUCCAGGCUUCAGUGAAGGCAACCUGAAGCCUCCGGAGCGCGGCAGAAGUUCCCGCUGCGCUCCGGAGGCUUCGGGUUCCUUUUGCUGAAGCCAGGACAGCAGGAUUCUCCUGGCUUCGGUGAAAGGAGAGGCGAAAGGAAAGGCUUCAGCGAAAGGAGCAGCCUUCCCACUGCUCCCAGAGCUUGUCGGGGCUGGCGGGGGAAGCCCGGGUCGUCCCCCCCCAGCCCCAGGGACCACAUGUUUGCUCCAUAAGACGCACAGACAUUUCCCCUUAGAUUUUAAGAGGAAAAAAGUGUGUCUUAUGAAACGAAAAAUACGGUAAGUGUUCCUUGAUUGUCAAGUAGAGUUCCCGAUUUUCCAGGCUUGUGACGGUGGUUUCAUUGCAAACGAUGGCCCUGCUAUAUGUGCAAUGAAGGAAUCUACCCCCAAUGCAUCAACUAAUGUCGCCUUGCACCAUUUCAGGUCUGGCUCCCGGCCGUGAAGGCCAAGGGUUUGGAGAUUUCGGGUACCUUCAGCCGGCAAGUGGGCUCCAUCUCCAUGGACCUCGUGCUCUCCAACAAGGCCCUGCAAGUCAUGUCUGACUUCGCCAUCCAGUUCAACCGGAACAGGUAAAAGCCGCCACCUCUUCCCUUCCUGUGCUGUGUUUCAGUGUGGCCUUCUCUCCCCACCUCCACAAGGAGUCCUCCCAUACAGAGGGGGCGCCAUAGCCAGGGAGCCUCUUGUGAUGAUCCUUGUGUCACUGAAUGGCUGGUUUGAUGAACCAACCUCGCCCUCUAAGAAGUUGACUGAAGAGGCUUAACCAGCUAGGACGGGGCGGGGAAUAUUCUUUCCAGCCCGAGAGCCGCAUACCCUCAUAUACUACCUUCCGGGGGCCACUGGCAGUGGUGGGUGGGGCCAGAGUCAAAACUGGGCAGGGCCACAGAUUGAACUGCGCCCGCCAGUAGCAUGGCCAGGGAUAGCAGUCCCUGACGGAACAUUUGAAAAUUGCUGAAGUUCUUGGCAGACCGCUUAAGGCAGCAAUUCCCAAACUUGGGUCUCCAGCUAUUUAUUUUUUUUGACUACAACUCCCAUCAUCCCUAGCUACCAGGACCCAGUGGUCAGGAAUGAUGGGAACUGUAGUCCAAAAAAAAAAACCCAGUUUGGGAAACACUGACUUAAGGGGGAAUUUAUUUAUUAUUUUUGCCUUUUGUAAUGCACUGUGCUAGAGGCAGUAGGAUAUUGAAUUGGAUCCUUUUUGUUUCUUGCAUUUUGCGUUCGGUUGUAUGAUUUGUCCGUGCCAUUUACUAAUUCCUGUGCCGGCCGAUUUGGAAGAGACGCAACUUGGUUGCAGGGCAUGUGCUUGGCGAGCGGACGUUCCCAGGUUCAGACCCCAGCAACUCCAGGCAGGGCUGGAAGUGUCCCUUGCCUGGAGCCCUGGAGAGCUGCUACCUGUCAGUGUAGGCAGUACUUAGUGAUAUGGACCAAUGCAUCUGAUCCAGUCUAUAAGGCAGCUUCUUAUGUACCCCUCACACUCUUGUCAGUUUCCUGCCUCCCUGACAGAGAGUGACCCGGCAUCUAAACUCCUUUGCCAAAGAAAGCCUGUUGCUAGUUUCUUUCCAGUGUCUCUUAAACAGGAGGGUUUUGUAGCAGCCCUUUAAAUAUUUCCUUGUGUUUACACUAACUUGUAUCCUUUCUUUACGAUAUGAUAGAGAUUUAUAUACAAUAAUUUUAUUAGGAAAUGCACUGAGUACUGUAUUCAACAAUGGAUUAUAGGAAGGGAGAAUGCAAGAAGCAAGAUGUAUUUUUGCUAUUAGCCUAUCUUCUGAGAUUAAACAAAGCACAACUGUUAAAAUGGUUCCAGCUAAUCCAGUGAGACUUCUAGGGUUAGUAUUUUAAGACGUGUGUAUGGGAAUAUAAUGUUUAACCUUCUCUGAAUCGUGUGUUGCUAGAGAGGUUUGUCACUGGCUAAUGGGAAUUUAAUGAAGUUCAGACUUCAUAAUCUAGUAUUAAUUGUCAUUAACAUCUGUAUGUUUGUAAAGUCAAAUGUCUGAAGCAGAAGUCUUUUUACCGUUUUUAUAGCUGGCAGCAUUAAACCUUAAACGUUCAUACUAUCAAUAAAGGUUUUUAUUUUUAUGAUGUGAAAAAAUGAAAAGAAAAGAAAGCCUGUUGCUGCUGCCGCCGCCGCUGGUUGCAUCUUACUGUCUUUCCUCGUCCGUAUCCCUUGCAACCCCCGGUGUUGCAAGUAAAUAAGGGAUACCUGUUGCCCACUCAAAAUGUGUCCAGGAAUCGACAGAUGCAGCAGUGGAGAAAAAGAAGGCAAAGUUUAUUGCUGAGGAAUAAAGACCCAGUGGAAUAGUUUCCAGAGCCCGGGCGCCAAAGCCCCUGUGCAUUGGGUUGUUAUACCUGAGUACAAACAGCAUAAAACAUGACAUAUUCGUAUGUUGCAGCAAAAAUCAAACCAAUGAGCACGCACAAGCUCUUCCUCUGCCCAUGUAAAGAAUAUUUCUGCUUUUCUCAGAUGGUGCAUCAGUUUGCCCUUUACCCUAAUUUUCAGCAAUAAAGAGGAAAAGAAACCUAUUUGGCCGUUGAAACCUGAAUAACCCCCACCAUCUUAGACUUAGAACAUUGCAUUGUGGCUGACUGCUUUUUCCUGUUCCCUAACUCAGCCCCAUCUUGAGAGCCUGAGAAGCUGUCUGGAGAAGGUUCCCUAUAGAAAAUGCCAACACAUCAGAUUUAUUGUUUCCUUCAAGCACAAUAGCAGGGCAGAGAGAGAAAUAGGGCAGAGGGCAACUUUUGGAUUUUUAAGAUUUAAGCACUUUUAGCUCUGCUGAAGCCUUAGUGAUUUGAACAUCACUAGGAUACAGGGAUAUAUAAAAAUCAUCAUUAGGAUAUAUGGUUAUAUAUGGAUAUAUGGUUAUAUAGAAAUCAUAAAGGUAAAAUUCUUCCAGGUGGUCUUGCCACACCGGGGGCCCUCCCCUUCUAACUGGCUGUUCCCUUUCAGCUUCGGCCUGGCCCCCGCCGCACCCCUCCAGGUCCACGCCCCUCUUGCCCCGAACCAGAGCGUGGAGAUCUCCCUUCCCCUCAACACGGUCGGCUCGGUCAUGAAGAUGGAUCCCCUGAACAACCUCCAGGUGAGCCAAGGUGGCAAGGGGCCAGCAGCAGGUCAUGUGGUGCAGAGGCCGUAGUUCAGCGGCAGAACCCCUGCUCUGCAUGCAGAAGGAAGUCCCAGGUUGUGUGCCAGCUUCAGUCCCUGGCAUAUGCAGCCUGGGCUGGGAGAGAGACCUCCCUGUGUAAAACCCAGGAGAGAGCUGCUGGCAGUCAGUGCAAACAAUACUGAACUGGACGGACCCAUGGUCCGAUUCGAUAUUGGGUAGCUGUUUAACUUGGCUCUGGGUUCUUUUUAAACCACAUGGACUAGAAUCUGUAGCUUAGUGGAAGAGCAUCUGCUAUGCCUAUAGAAAAUGCCGACCCCCAAUGGCAUUUCCAGGUAGGACUGUGAGAGAGACCCCUGCCUGAACUCCCUGGCUGUUGGUGUAGACAAUGCUGAACUGGACAUCUAUUUAUCAUUGGGUAUCUAUUUAUCAUUUCUAUUCUAUUCUAUUCUGUUUAUUUAUAUCCCGCCUUUUCCCGUCACAGGGAUUCAAGGCAGUUUACAACUAAAAUAGAAACAGCAAAAAACAUUUGGGGGAAAGCAAUCAUUUUUAAAAACACACAAUUAAACGUCAGUAGAAUUAAACUUUAAAAAAUUCAUCUCUAUAUCCUCAUUUUAAUCCCAAGGGGAAAUAAUAAAAUAAAAAUUCCUGCCUGUUGCACAAAAGGUCAUUCAAGGCAGUUAACAAUGUUAAAAAGAAAAACUUAUUAAGAGCGGCAAACUUGGAGCAGUCUAACAUCUAAGGAUCGUCAGGGACUCCAGAAGCAACAACACAGCUAUUGUUUGUCACUUCAGGGGCACUUUCCAGAGCUUCUAUCCGUAAGAAAUCAGAAACAAUCUCAGGAGAAAACGGGGCAAGGAAAUAAUUAAGACAGAGCUCCAGCGGUUCAGGACAAUUUGUUCUCCUAUUCCAGGGAAUCCUAAUAUUUGUGCAGGCAAAAACAAAAGAGGAAGAAAUCUGGUAGAGAAAUAAUACAUUUCUUCUAGUAUUUUUAGAUCUGGCCAUUUGUAUCACACCUUUCCCUCCAGCGAGCUCAAGGAGGCAUGUGUGCUUCUCUUUCUCUCCAUUUUAUACUCACAACAACCCUGUCAGGUAGGUCAGGCUGAGACAUUGUGAGUGGCCCGAGGGAAACGCUCUUGUCUGGAGCUCUGGAGAGCCACGCAUCAGUCACAUUGAUAAAUAAAAGGAACCCCACCCCCACCCCUGUUUUGCCCAUCAUCAACCCACACAGCAAUGUGGCAGGGUGAUCCACACGUGACUUACUUAUGGCAAGAACGUAAGAAAAGCCGGCUGGAUCUUUCAGGGGCCUGUCUAGCCCAGCAUCAUCUCCUCACAGUGGCCAAUCAGAUGCCCGGAAUUGUAGGUGAUAUACUUGCAAUUCGGCAAGUAUUUAGGUUUGUGGUUCUGUACAGUUCUAUGGAAAAUCAGUGGAAGCUUUUACACAUGCACGUGCGUGCACGUUUACGCAAGCCUUUGCAAGGCACCGGCUUCUGUUUCGGCAGGCUUUGUCCGUCACACUUUGGAACACAUCUUAAGGGCUAGAAACUUGAGUAGUAUUCUGAAACAAAGUUCUGUUCUGUGCUCCUGCAGAAUUGCGGCUUGCGUUCCUAGCCCAGUUCUGGAAUGUAUGUCGGUGGGUCCCAGCCUAGCCAGAGUAUAUUAUCUUAUUCUCCCCCCACCCCCCUUCUUCUCUGUUUGGUUCCAGGUGGCCGUGAAGAACAACAUAGAUGUGUUCUACUUCAGCACCCUCUACCCUCUGCACAUCCUCUUUGUGGAAGACGGGAAAAUGGGUAGGUUGGCGACAGUCUGGGAUGCAGAAGACCCUGAAGCUGGAAGGAUGGAAAAGACUUGGGUGCCUCCUCCAGGAUUUUUGGUCACAUCCACACCAUGUAUUUUAAGCACUGCAAUACCACUUUAUACCCUCAUGGGAUUGCCCCAGAGAAUUCUGGGAGCUGUAGUUUGGUGUUGUUUGGAGAGACUCCCUAUUCCCCUCCCAGAACUACACUGCCCAGAGUUCCUCAGGUAUAAUAAUAAUAAUAAUAAUAAUAAUAAUAAUAAUAAUAAAAUUUAUUUAUACCCUACCCUCCCUGGCCAGAGUCGGGCUCAGGGCGGCUAACACCAAUAAAAUCACAGUAAAAACAUAAUAGGGGGAGGGGGGAGAGGAAAAAAACCCAAUUUAAAAUACAGGUUAAAAUGCAAUUUAAAAUGCAGCCUCAUUUUAAAGUAGCUGAUAAAUCAAGACCAUAAGGGGAGAGAAACAUAAGGGUCAGACCGAGUCCAAACCAAAGGCCAGGCGGAACAGCUCUGUCUUGCAGGCCCUGUGGAAAGAUGUCCAGUCUCGCAGGGCCCUAAGUCUCUCAUGACAGGGAUUAGUUGAAACCAAUCUGUUGAUGGUUAAAUCUCUCUGAGAAUCGUAGCUCUGGGAGGGGAACAGGGGCCUCCUAGCAACUCUCUCAGCACCCUUAACAAACUACAACUCCCAGGUUUCUCGGGGGCAGGGGGGGCCAUGACUGUUCAGAGUGGGCUUUAAAUGUUGUGGUGUGAAGGUGGCCCGCGUCUUCAUGUGCUACAGAGAGUGGGGUUGACUCCCCUAGAUCUGUAUAGCAAGCUUCAGAUCAGAGUGACAAUCUGAGCCUGGGGUUCCAUAAGAACCUAGUGGCUGGAUCUGACCAAAGGGGGCCUAUCCAGUCCAGCAUCCUGUUCUCACAGUGACCCAACUGGAUGCCUCAAUGAGAAGCCCACAAGCAGGACCUGAGUGCAACAUCCACACACCCUCCUCUUUACAGCAGAGGCAUGAACAUAACCAUGGACAGCUCCUACCCUCCAUGAAUUUGACUAAUCCCCCUUUAAAGCCGUUGGAGAGUUGGUAGCACCACUUCUGGGGGAAAAUUCCAUAGUUUUAACUUGGUGCUGGGUGGAGGAAGUGCUUCCGUUCAUCUACCCCAAGUCUUCCAACACCUUCCUUAUGCUGAACCCCAAGUGAGACUUGAAGACCACCAUAAAGAUAGAAGCACCUGCCAUUCUACACUCUUUGGAGUACUAGACCUGGGGAAGAGGCUGGUAGCUCAGUGAUAAAAGCAGUUGCGGACCCAGGUUUCUUAGGAGAGGUGGCUCCUGCGUCGCUUUAAAGGAGGGACCCUUUUCUGGAAAAGCUUCCCCCUCUUCCCCCCACAUCCAACCCACACUGGAGAGCCAGUGUGGUGUAGUGGUUAAGAGCGGUAGACUUGUAAUCUGGUGAACCGGGUUCGCGUCUCUGCUCCUCCACAUGCAGCUGCUGGGUGACCUUGGGCCAGUCACACUUCUCUGAAGUCUCUCAGCCCCACUCACCUCAAAGAGUGUUUGUUGCGGGGGAGGAAGGGAAAGGAGAUUGUUAGCUGCUUUGAGACUCCUUUGGGUAGUGAUAAAGCGGGAUAUCAAACCCAAACUCUUCUUCUUCUGCUGCUUCUUCCUCCUCCAGAGCGACAGAUGUUCCUGGCUACCUGGAAGGACAUCCCCAACGAGAAUGAAGCACAGUUCCAGAUCAAAGACUGCCCUCUUGGCGCAGGUGAGAAGAGAGCUGUCUAAUCUAGAAUAGCUGCUGACCGUUUGCUUAUAUGCCCUCCUGUUCUCUAGAGAGCUCAGACCAGCUUCGCUGUGGUUCCUAGACACAUAACGGCGACGGCAAGCUGGAAUUCGUAAACUGGUGUGCUGUUGUACUAAGGAGCUAGGCCAGGUUGCCACUUCCACUCGUAUGGACCCAACAGUAGAGACCCUCCAGUAGAGAGCCUUUUGACCUGUGACAGCCGGUGCCCUUUGGGACCGGUAGGGCAGAAGGCAGGGAGCCCAACAGUAAAAGGUAAAGGGACCCCUGACCGUUAGGUCCGGUUGUGGACGACUCUGGGGUUGUGGUGCUCAUCUUGCUUUACUGGCCGAGGGAGCCGGCGUACAGCUUCCGGGUCGUUUGGACAGCAUGACUAAGCCGCUUCUAGCGAACCAAAGCAGCGCACGGAAACGCCAUUUACCUUCCCGCUGGAGCAGUACCUGUUUAUCUACUUGCACUUUGACUUGCUUUCAAACUGCUAGGUUGGCAGGACCUGGGACUGAGCAACGGGAGCUCACCCCGUCGCGGGGAUUCGAACCGCCAACCUUCUGAUCAGCAAGCCCUAGGCUCUGCGGUUUAGACCACAGCGCCACCCGCAUAGUAGGUGGCGCCAAAGCCAGUAACAUGCAGAGCCAACUCAUUCUUAGUUUCUCCUCUGUCCUCCUCCCUUCUGAGUUCUAUAGGGACAGCAUUGAGACUUAGGAGGAGUAAGAAGCUGAUUGGACACUGCCAUGCCCUUGACUGGUGGUUAAGUAGGAAGGCUUGCAGGUGGGGGCUGACUGAGUUUGGUGGGGCAGGGCCCGUUACAUUACCCAUUGCGGUGUAGCGGUUAGAGUGCCAGACUAGGACCUGGGAGACCAGGGUUCAAAUCCCCACUUGGCCAUGGAUCUCACUUGGGUGAGCUUGGGCCAGUCACUACCUCUUAGCCUAACCUCCCUCGCAGGGUCGUUGUGUGGAUUAAAGAAGGGGAGGAGAAGAAUGUUCAUCACCUUGAGCUCCUUAAGAGGGGCAAAAGCAGGAUGGAAAUGCACUGAAUAAAUUUAAUUUUCCUAGGAAGCUCCUUAUACUGAGUCAGACUCAUUGGUCCAUAUCUCCCAGUAUUAUCUACACCGACAGCCAGCAGCAGUGUUCUUCUGCAAACAUAAGAACUAGGAACUUGAUUCUUUCUUUUCAUCUGAGAGCUGGAAGCCUCAGGCAAACUGAAGCUGGUGCCCAUUCAGUUUUGUGUGCAUGUGCAAUAGCGCCACGAUUUAUUUGCAUGUGUGUGUGUGUGUGUGUGUGUGUGUGUGUGUGUGUGUAUCUGGGCCCGCAGAUGCAGUUAGCAGCAAGCUUCAAGGAAGCAACAUCUUCACCAUUGCAAAGAGGAAUGUUGAAGGCCAAGACAUGCUGUACCAGUCCCUCAAGCUGACCAAUGGCAUCUGGGUCCUGGCAGAGCUGCGGAUCCAACCUGGGAGCAGUAACUUCACGGUAUGGCCCUUCUUGUGCACCUCCCUGCUCUUUGCAGAGGUUCUCUGUAUAGCUCUAUCAUUGUUUUAGGCAUAGAUGAAUCUGUGAUAUUAACAGGUGCUUUUAAAAUUUGCUGGGUGUGGUGCGAAAAUCAUUGCCCACCUGCUCACCCCACAGACAGCACCUUAGAUCUUCCCUUCCCACCUUAUGAAACUCCGUUUUCACAGAGUGACCUUUCCGCCCCCCUUUAGAACAUUGGAAAACAGCCAACAAGAACAAAGUGAUGAAAACCUUGCAGUCUUAUUCUAUAGUAAGAUAAGUCAUACCCCAGUCCUGGUGCAAGUAGUCAGCUGGGUUGGGCACUGGCCAAGUGUCCCUCUCCAUCCUGACCCGGCCACACCACCCCUUAUCAAACACACGCCUUCAGGGCCCACAAGCGCCUGAUCUGGCUGACUGCUGGCAUCAGGCCUGUGGAAUUUCUAAUUUUUGCACGGUGCCUAAGAAAGCAGCCUCAAAAAAAUAAUUAGAUGAGGGAGGAGGAAUUGGACAGGUUAAAAAGCUUGUGAAUUUCUUAAAACACAAACCUCAUUGGGGAGAGCAUUCCAUAGUCAGGGUGCCGCCACCAAGAAGUCUCUGGUCCCCCCUAUUAUUUGGGGUCUCUGGAAAAGGGCCUGUUGUUGAAGCCCCACCCUUUCCAUACAUCUGAAAUGAGACAUGAUUACCAAAAACAUAACCACCUGCUUCCCUGCCCCAUCCUGCCCCAUUGGAUAGAACUGGUGGCGUGCUCUUGUUUUUCCUUCCUGUUUUGGUUAUGAAACAUUCUUCCCCCCCACAUUUGGGGUGACAAUUUAAUCUAUUUGUAUGUGUAUGUUUUUGUUUUUCCAUGUCCAUCCGCCCUCCCCAUGGGCCCGCCCCUCCCUGAUCUUUCAGGAUUUGGAGGUUAGCAGAAUAUUUGUGUGCUUUUCAUUUUCAUUUUAUUUUUUUUUAAAAAAGAAAUCUUCUGAAUCCAGCUGCUUACUCUCCACUUCACCCCCUGCCAUUUUAUUCCAGCCCCUCCCCCUGCCAGCUUGCGCCUGAUGUUCUUUUUGGCAGUGCUGCACCACCAAGCAAGCACCAUCCUAACAAAUAACAGAUCGUGCCAGCGGUGGGAGGGGGGAAGACUUCAGAAGAGCAACGACACCGGUGAUGGGGGGGCGGGAAUGGGUGUUAAUCCAGAUGAUGUGGGACUCCCAUCAGCAUCAGCAACCAUGUCCACAAUGGUCAGGGAUGAUGGGAGUUGUAGUUCAGCAGAUGGCUGCAGGUUUCACCGUCACUGAAAUAAUACCUUGCUCAGAACCAUAGUUUCUCCUUUCACCUUGUGUGGCAAGGCUAACCUGCCCUUUCAGUGGGUACUAGGGCGGUUCAUAAAAAACGUGUGUUGUUUUUUUAAAUGCCUGCUCCAAAGGUCUUAUCUUACUACACUAGGGAUUAUAUAGCUAUAUCUGAAAUUUCAUGCACAUCAGUUAAUAUCUUGACCCUCCUCCACGAAAACACCUGUUUACUUGGCUGUUUUCCUAUGUCGUGAAGGCUGAAAUUUCAAUUCAGCGGAGCAGGGUCAAGAUAUUAACUGAUAUAGCUAUAUAAUCCCUAGUGUAGUAAGAUAAGACCUUUGGAGCUGGCAUUUAAAAAAAAAAAAAAAGUUUUAAAUGAACCGCCCUAAUGGGUACCCCUCCCUUUCCCAAGUUAUUAACAUAAGCUGGACCAGUGCUGUCUCUAAAAACCCCAGAGAGACAAGCUGGUGUAGUGGUUAGAGCAGUUCCACCGACCUGGCAGCUUCCCGAUGACGCUGGACUUGCAAGUCCCAUCAUCCCUGACUGAGUCCCUUGCUGACAUCAGCGCCUUUGAUAGAGGGAGGCAUUGGCUGUGUCCACAAUAUUCAUUUAAAGCACUGCGGUACCACUUUUAACAGCAAUGGCUCCCCCCCGCCGCCCCAAAGAAUCCUGGGAGUUGUAGUUGGUUAAGGGCACCAAGAGUUGUUAGGAGAGAGCCCUUUAGUUCUGCUCACGGAGCUACAAUUUGCAGAGAUGUCUGGAAAGAGGGGUUGACCACUCUGGGAAUUGUAGCACUGCGAGGGGAACGGUAAAGCUCUCGCCUAACAUCUCUUAAUGAACUACAACUCCCAGGAUCCUCGGGUGGGUGGAGCCAUGACUGUUUAAAGCGGUAAAGCGGUGCUUUGAUUAUACGGUGCAGUUGUGACAUUUGUUUCAGGGGAAGGACGGGAGGGGAAACUUCCAAUCUGGAAAAGGCCGCCUUGAGCUAAAACUGCAGCUGCCGCUCUCUUUUCCACCCACUGAUAACUUGGCAUAAACAGUCCUCCUUUUAAUCUCUGAGCAUGUCGUCUUUUAUUUUUUUCCUCUCCCCCCGUCUCCUGGAUUAAAUAUGCUCCAGUUUACUAACACUGCUGGCCUAGUAAGAAACUCUGCACUUCUGCGUUCAGAGGGAGAGAAAGAGAGGGAUACAUAAAUAAAUACAUAUAUUUCCCUCUUCCUCCUUUUCUCCUGCAGCUGUCUCUGAAGUGUCGGGCUCCUGAAGUGGCCCAGCACGUUUUCCAGGCCUAUGAAACCAUCCUGAAGAACUGA